AUGUCGUUUGGAAAGAUCUACUCCUACGAGGGCAACCCUCGCACCACGGCCAUUCUCGCCGUCGCCAAAGCCAAUGGCCUCGACAUUGAGCUGGUCAAGACUGAGCCCGGCCCAGCCCUCAGCGAGGACUUCCGCAAGAUCAACUCGCUCGGAAAGAUUCCUGUGUUUGUUGGCGCGGAUGGAUACACCCUGACCGAGUCCCUGGCCAUUGCCGUCUACAUCACAUCCCAGAACGAGAAGACGACCCUCCUCGGAAAGACCAAGCAGGACUACGCAUCCAUCCUCAAGUGGACCUCCUUCGCUACCUCCGAGUUCCUUCCCUCCGUCGCAGGCUGGUUCCGCCCGCUCAUUGGCAAGGACCCAUACAACAAGAAGAACGUCGAUGACGCUCAGAAGCGCACCCAGAACAGCCUGAAGGUCCUCGAGGACCACCUCCUCGUAAACACAUACCUCGUCGGCGAGCGCCUCACCCUCGCCGAUCUCUACACCGCUGGCAUUGCUGCCCGUGGCUACCAGACCGUCUUCGACAAGGAGUUCCGCGCUCAAUACCCCAACACAACUCGCUGGUUCGAGACCAUCGCCAACCAGGACAUCUUCACCGCCGUCGCUGGCAAGCCCACACUCAUCGAGAAGGCUGUUGUCUACACCCCACCAAAGAAGGAGGAGAAGCCAAAGGCCGAGCCAAAGAAGCAGGAGAAGAAGCCCAAGGCGGUUGAAAAGGACGACGAGGAGGAGGACGAGGCACCAGCGCAGCCAAAGGCCAAGCACCCGCUUGAGGCUCUGCCAAAGGCCACCUUUGUUCUUGAUGACUGGAAGCGCAAAUACUCCAACGAGGAGACCCGCGAGGUCGCCCUUCCAUGGUUCUGGGAGAACUGCAAGUUCGACGAGUACUCCAUCUACAAGGUCGACUACAAGUACAACGAUGAGCUCACCAUGACCUUCAUGACCUCCAACCUCAUCGGUGGUUUCUUCGCCCGCCUCGAGGGCAGCCGCAAGUACCUCUUWGGUGCCGCGUCCGUCUACGGCGUCGCCAACGACAGCGUCAUUAAGGGUGCGUUUGUCGUUCGUGGCCAGGAGGCUCUCCCCGCCUUUGACGUCGCUCCCGACUACGAGAGCUACGAGUUCACCAAGCUCGACCCUACCAAGGAGGAGGACCGCGAGUUUGUCAACGACCAGUGGGCGUGGGACAAGCCAAUCGAGGUCAACGGCAAGCCUUACGAGUGGGCCGACGGCAAGGUCUUCAAGUAG